AUGAUGAGAGAAAUUGUUGACGAAGUUCCAAAUUUGGCAGAGUCAAAACUAACUGCUUUGGUGGUGGAUGACAAUUUUGUAAUUCAAAAUAUACAUCACAAGCUUUUGGAUCGCCUAGGUAUUAAAAACGACGUUGUUUCUAACGGCAAAGAAGCCGUCGAUGUUCAUUGCUCUGGCAAAAACUAUGAUCUUAUUCUCAUGGACAUGGACAUGCCUAUCAUGAACGGUAUUGAGAUGGAAGCACGUUCUGGGGAUUUGAAUGAAACCUCUCCGGAUUUGUUGAAGAACACGCCUUCGAAUAUCGCGAGAUUAGAAGAUGUAAUUGAGCAAUGUUAUGGUAGACAAAAGUAUCUCGCUCAGACUACAAGUCCUUCAGAUGGUAGUGAUGUUCGGUGGUACUUUUGUAAGGUUCCUUUAGCUGAAAAUGAAUUAGCUGCUUCAGUACCUCGUACUGACGUAGUGGGAAAAAGUGAGUAUUUUCGUUUUGGUAUGAGGGAUUCUCUUGCGAUUGAGGCAUCAUUCCUGCAGAGAGAGGAUGAGUUGCUGUCACUUUGGUGGAAAGAGUAUGCAGAAUGUAGCGAAGGACCGAGAACACAAGUUGAUCGAAAAAAGAAAUCGGUUAAGCCGUCGAUCGAAUCUUCUUCAGAAACUCCUUCUGUGUCCUCUAGUCUAUAUGAAGUUGAAGAGGAGAGAGUUGGUGUACCUGUGAAGGGUGGACUAUAUGAGGUGGAUUUGGUGAGGAGGCAUUGUUUUCCUGUGUACUGGAAUGGCGAUAAUCGUCGUGUGCUUAGAGGCCAUUGGUUUGCACGUAAAGGUGGCGUAGACUGGCUUCCUAUUCCAGAAACUGUUGCUGAACAGUUGGAGGUUGCAUAUCGUAACAAGGUUUGGCGCAGAAGAAGUUUUCAACCCUCUGGGCUUUUUGCAGCUCGUAUCGAUUUGCAGGGCUCCAGUCUGGGACUCCAUGCUCUAUUUACUGGGGAGGAUGAUACCUGGGAAGCGUGGCUUAACGUUGACCCUUCUGGUUUCUCUGGCAUUGUUGGCUAUACUGGAAAUGGAAUUAAGUUGAGACGUGGUUAUGCUGGCUCCUAUUCUUCAAAGCCUACGCAGGAAGAACUACGUCAACAAAAAGAGGAGCAAAUAGAUGACUAUUGUUCUCAAGUCCCUGUUCGGCAUCUUGUAUUUAUGGUUCAUGGUAUUGGCCAAAAAGUAGAAAAGUCUAACCUUGUUGACGACGUUGGGAACUUCCGUCAAAUCACAGCAAGUUUAGGUGAACGUCAUCUAACCUCUCAUCAGCUCGGCACUCAAAGAGUCCUUUUCAUCCCAUGCCAGUGGAGAAAAGGUUUAAAGCUAAGUGGUGAAGCUGCAGUUGAUAAAUGUACUUUAGAUGGUGUAAGACGUUUGCGAGAGAUGUUGAGCGCGACUGUUCAUGAUGUUUUAUACUACAUGAGCCCCAUUUACUGUCAAGCUAUAAUUGAUUCGGUUUCAAAGCAGCUGAAUAGACUGUAUCUUAAAUUCUUAAAGCGAAAUCCGGAAUAUGAUGGAAAGAUUUCCAUUUAUGGACAUUCUCUGGGGAGUGUUCUCUCCUAUGACAUCUUAUGUCAUCAGCACAAUUUGUUAUCCCCAUUCCCAAUGGAUUCAAUAUACAAGAAAUUUUUUCCAGAUGAAGAAUCUCCACCAACUACUGAGAACAAGCCUUGUAGUUCACAACAAACAUCAUCAAAAAUUGAGCCAGAGAAAUCUAAUCAGGUGAAUAUCACUGAGGACAUCAGAGGUCAAGAUGAUAACAAGAUGGGGAAAGAAUCAACGGUACUGGAGCAUCAGGAUGUCAUCCAGGAAGCUCCUUCAUCGACCUCUGAUUCUGUUGUAGACAACAUGGUUUUGGAAAGAAGAGGCAACCAGGAAGAUGACCAUCAUGAUUCUAGUAGUGCUGUUUUCUCACAGGAUGGAGCUGAGAAUAGCACGUCCGAUUCUUCAUCUUGUUCUUCAGAACAAUCAAGGGAUGAAACAUGUGACAAUUCGAAUAAUGAGGAGACAAUCAAGUUGUUAAGAGAAGAGGUUAAAUCAUUGAGGUCAAAAGUAGCGCAACUGCAAUCAGAAAAUGCCAAAAUAUUGACAAACGAAAAAGCCAAAACAUCUGCAGUGUGUGAGCAGCUCGUGAAUGAGAAGGCACCCAAUGAAGAUGCCAGUGCACCUACAAGCUUUACUCCUCAUAUCAAAUAUCAAAAGCUCGAGUUCAAGGUUGACACUUUCUUUGCAGUUGGGUCCCCCCUUGGAGUCUUUCUCGCUCUUCGCAAUAUACGUCUUGGUAUAGGUAAGGGAAAAGAUUACUGGGAAGAGGGGAAUGUUAUUGAAGAGAUGCCAGCUUGUCGUCGAAUGUUCAACAUUUUUCACCCCUAUGAUCCUGUUGCAUAUAGAGUGGAGCCACUUGUCUGCAAAGAAUAUCUUCCUAAGCGACCCGUUAUUAUUCCUUACCACAGAGGUGGCAAGCGGUUGCAUAUUGGAUUACAGGAUUUCAGAGAGGACUUUGUGGCGCGUUCACAGAGAGUAAUGAAUCAUUUUGAUUCAGUAAGGACGCGAGUUCUCACUAUUUGCCAGUCAAAAAGCGCAGAUAAAUUAGAUGAGAUAGAAGAAACCGAUGACGAAAAGGAUGCAAGGUCCUAUGGUUCCUUAAUGAUCGAGAGGUUAACUGGAACUCAGGAUGGUCGAAUUGAUCACAUGCUCCAGGAUAAAACCUUUGAACAUCCGUAUCUACAAGCCAUAGGAGCUCAUACAAACUAUUGGAGAGAUUGUGAUACUGCUCUUUUCAUUAUUAAACACUUGUACCGCGAGUUACCAGACGGACCAAACUCACCCACGGAAUCGUCUGAUGGAGAUGAUAGUUCAAAAGACUUAAUACGUAGACCUCAUAGCCAGAUAAACAGAAGAGAGACACAUAGUGAUGUUGAUGACGAGCUUCCUUUAACAUUCUCCAGAAGCUUUUCCGGAGAAGCCAGCAAAUACUUGAAGAAGCCUUAA